GGAGGCCGCGCCUUCUCCGUGACGUCACACCCCACCCCCCCCUCCACACACAAAAUCGAGUGAGGUCGCUGUGGCGUUGCCAGGUCCCGGCGAGCGAGCGAGCUGAGGCGGCUCGCGCAGACCCGGCGGCCCGGCUUCAACAACACCGAGUCCCGAAUCGAGCAGCUUAUCGACGAACGGAGGCAGAUGUCGACACGCGGCGCCAAGAAGAAAGUUCCACGGCAGUCGCGCUCGGCACGGGCGGGCCUGCUCUUCCCGGUGGGACGGAUGCUGCGGUAUCUACGGACAGGCAUUUACCGCAAGCGCAUCGCCAUGGGCGCCCCCAUCUACUUGGCGGCCGUCACGGAGUACCUGGCCGCCGAAGUUCUGGAACUGGCAGGGAACAUUGCACGCGACAGCAUGAAGGCGCGCAUCACCCCACGCCACAUCCACUUGUCCAUGGCCUUGGACGAGGAGCUACAGAAAAUGCUGCGUGGUGUGACCAUUGCGAGCAGCGGGGUGCUGCCCAGAGUCCACCCAGAGCUGCUGACCCACAGACCCUUCCAGAAAGCGAAACCGGUGCUCGUGGCCUCUGCGGAUACACCACCUCCAGCGUCUAAGCCUGCUCGCAAGCCAAGCGCAACUGCGAAAAAGGGUAAAGGCAGGAAAGCCGCAAGUCCUUCAGUAGGCGCAUCAGGAGCUGUCACCGUUCUCUCUUCCAAAACCCUCUUCCUUGGGCAAAAGCUGCAGGUUGUCAAGGCCGACAUUGCCACCUUAAAAUGCGACGCCGUCAUCCAUCCCACGGGCAACAACUUCUACAUGGGUGGACAAGUCGGCAAUGCUCUGGCAAAGAAAGGAGGAAAGGAGCUGGCGGAUGCUGUGCAAAAUCUUCGCAAUAGCAACGGGCCACUGGAUAUUGCUGGAGCUGCCAUGAGCCUCGCACCAGGCCUGGAGGCCGAGAACGUGAUCCACUGCAACAGCCCAUCGUGGGGCACGGACCGGAGCGCGGAGCUCCUGGAGAAGACGGUCAAGAACUGUCUGGCACUGGCUGACGAAAAGAAGCUCGUCACGGUGGCACUGCCCUCUAUUGGCAGUGGCGGAAAUGGCUUUCCGAAACAGACGGCCGCUCAACUUAUACUCAAGGCCAUCUCCAACUACUUCAUCUCCACCAUGGACUCCUCGCUCAAGAACAUCUACUUUGUGCUGUACGACAGUGAGAGCAUUGGCAUUUAUGUGCACGAGAUGGCGAAGUUGGACAGCAGCCAGCUGCAGCAGUGAGGCACGCAUGCACGGAAUUUGCCUAACGUUCGAGGGUGGCGUUAUAUGUAUCCUCGCGUCGCAUUUAAGGGCGUGUUAUAGUGGGUAUACUCAAACGUGGUAUGCCGACUUUGAAAUCUUAGGUUGCACAUUGACUACCACCAAGCACCUUGUUACACACAAUUACGCACCUUCCAAGGUCCGUGAACUACACGCCAUGUCUAAGCUAUCAAAGAGUGGUACCUGGCAAUUCAAAAGAGUUAAAAUAUAUUUUGUAUCCAUUCUUAGACGUGUGGAGAAAUUACACUAUAUGCCUUACAUAAUGCAUACACACCAUUAAAAUUACACUAUUGGUAUCACUACUGCAUUUUUUGUUGCAGUCUACGCUGGGUGGUGCAGUGGUAACACUUGCGCUUCUCAGCAAGAAAGGCCUAGGUUCAAUUCCCGACUUGGACACCUUUGUGUGUGGAGUUUGUAUGCCCUCCUGUUUUGCAUGGGGUUUCCUCUGUGUUUUCUGGUUUCCUCCCAAAGCUAAAAAAUACAAUAAUGUAACUGGUGUUGACAAAACAUCCCAAUGCUGAAUAAUUACCUGUAAUUUACUUGAUUGGGAAAAGGCAUCUAUUGUCCGCCCUAUACUGUCAACAACUUAGCAGAUUCCUGCUGCCUUGAGACUCGGUGAUGUUUUCCUGGGUAAACAAUUGUAGUAAUAAUUAAUGGAAAUGUGCUGAACUGUAGAACAUCACUGUUUUUUUUAUUUAUCCACGUGAUAAGCAUGAUGUACUGCUGCAUGAGUGCUUUGGUGUAAAUGCGGGAUCACACAAACUAAUUUGGUGAGCCCCAUAAACCAACAGUAGGAUGCUUACUGGGCAUUGUGUUAAAAUUACUUAUUUUUACAGUGUGAUUCUGAAGUUAAACGUGUGACUGUUUUCCUGCAAAAUUAUAUAAAAUUUGAAAACGGUUCACACUUGGUUUACAAUCACGAAAUUGAAUUCUAUGAACGGCACUUUUUGCAUUUAACUUCACGAAAGUUAUGCAUAGCCUUACAAGAGAAUGUAUACGAGCACUUGCAUUGCAUCUGAUAUGAAUGUAUUGUAAUCAUGUGUUAAAAAUAUGUCAACAAUAAACAUGAUUAAUCUUUGAA